AUGGAAGGUUUGAAAAAUACAUUUGCCAAUCACCAGUCCGUGCAUGCUGAUAUAUCCAUACCGCCAAAUCAGGCCAAACAUCCACUGAGCGCUGGAAAAGCGUCUGAUAUUCUCGUGAAGAGGUUGAAGGUAGACUACAACGCAGAUCCGUUCGUUCACACCUCCACCACUGGUGUCAAGAGGCCCUCUAUAUUACGGCCAAUCAAGAAACCCACAUUGGAUCCAUCCACGAGCGCAUGUGCUGAAGAUCCCUUCUCCGUCUGUACUAUCAAGAAGGAGUCUGGUGAAGGCGAUGGCAAGAACGCUGCUCGCAUUUCCGGUGCUGAUGACGUUUUUCGUGCGACUUUUUCUUCCUUGAAUGAUUCGGAUUCAGCUCCAACUCAACCUCGACUACCUGCACCCCGUCCACAAUGA